CUAACGUCACGCCCCUCUCUUUGCUUUUGUCUUUCCCUCCCCUCGCUUUCUCUUCUUCACCCUGUUUUCGACGGGGCCUGGCAAGCCUUUAUGUGGAGUGCGCAAUAGAGUGCUUUCACAGGUCUCUCCUUACGUUCCCUCCGCAUUUCCACCUUUCAUCUCGUCAUAACCGAAGUCUAUGUUGCAGCCUCUCCCCCGGUCGCGAUUUCCUCGACCGCCCUUAGCGCCAACGAGUCACUUCGCCCCGACCUUUGGUCGUUUUUGUUUGUACUGCGCGACCACGAUCGAACUCGCAGGCCUUUGUCGGCUACUUGCAUAAGGGGCUUGCAUCAUGGCAUCUAACGCCGCCAUGCUGUUGGACCCACGGGCCCACAAGAAACAACUACAAAAAGAUGGCUCCCAGAACUCAGGCUACUUGAAUUCCUCUGCUGCGCCGGCAGGCACGGCUUCUACGGCACACCGUCUUCUCAACCCGCAACGUCGACAGCCCUCCAAUAAAGGCAGCCCGAAGUCGAGAUCGCGACCACAGUCGGUUUCCUCGCGCGGUGGGGAUAGUGCAAGGGAAUCCCCACAACGUAGCGAUCCGUGUGGACCUGAUGUGGAUGUGGUAUUUACAAGCGUGCAGGAGGAAACCAGUGACGGGAAGCGGAAUUCCGAUCAUGUCGAUGAAGUGCGCCAUGGGAACCUCAUCGAGAAUAUGUAUGGCGUGGAAAGACGGCUGAACCAGCCGUACAAGAAGAUAAAGACAGAGAAAGACUUGGCUCAAAGCGGGAAAAAGGCGAUGUUUACGUCGACUGGGACCACCGGGUUGGGUGAAUGGAUGAAGGACGGUGAAGAGAAGUCGAAUUCCUCCACACCAAUCACCCCCAACGUCGUUGACUUGACAAUUGAUUCCUCCGCUGGAGCAACUGAUGACGAUGAUCUACAAGUCACGGGUUCAAAUAAUCUCAGCAUCCAGAGAGUUUGCUAUGGCAAGCUAGAAAACGCAAUGGUGCAAGCAGUACUGGUCCCAAAGCCUGCAGCUCAAACCAUUUUUGGGGACUCGGCACACGAUUGGCCCUCAAUCAAAUUAGGAGUGCACCGACAAACAAAUCAAGGCAAUAAUCGGAUCGAGGUUGCAGACCCCCAUGGAAAAAUAUUUGGGGCAAUAGAUCCCAAGACCGCUGUAGUGAUUGCUCCUCUUCUCGAUUCACCUGCUUUGAAAGUUGACGUUACCGCUCGGUUGGACGUUCGAAGGCGACUGGCAAACGAAUGGCCGUGGGCACCUUGCUCGGCCCUGUAUCGAGCGUCUAUCAACCUCUACGGCCUUCGGAAGGAUGCCGAGCUAGUCGGAAAGCACCUUGGCCAGAAUAAUGUCUGGCUUGGUACCCCGUUUUCUGUAGAGCAGGGCGUCCCUGUAUUCAACCCACACGCUGAGAGAAGGCGCGCCCAAACGGCCGCAUCCUUCCUACCAAAUGUGGCUGCGAGGGGCCGAUCAACCGUCAACUACGAAGUCCGCACAGCAGAAGAGGUGAACGAUGCAGUGAUGAAGAUGUUCGAUCAACUCCAGAGCGCUGAGAAUAUACCCGAACUAGAACCUCCUUCGCUUCUGUCAACCCCAUUGCUCCGCCACCAGAGGCAGGCGCUUUGGUUUAUGACUGAAAAGGAAAAGCCGCGCAAAUUUGGGCCUAGGGAGGAAGACAAUAACUCACUUUGGAGGUUGGAGCAUCGUUCGAAUGGGGCAAGGCGGUAUCGAGAAAUCAUUAGUGGCAUCGUCCGCGAUGACGAACCUCCACAGAGCCUAGGUGGUCUUUUAGCAGAUAUGAUGGGUCUUGGGAAGACUUUGAGCAUUCUUUCUCUUGUCGUAUCCUCUUUGGGAGACGCCCGCGAGUGGGCAAAUAUGGCACCAAGUUCAGACCUUAUUCGAAAUCUGCCGGGCAUCCGCAACACCAAAACGACACUUCUAGUAGCUCCCCUGAGUGCUGUCAACAAUUGGACAUUCCAGGUCAAGGAGCACCUAAAAGAACAUGCCAUAUCUUACCACGUAUUCCACGGGCAAUCGAGAAUCACCGAUGUGGAUGAGCUGUCUAAAUAUGACCUAGUUAUCACGACAUACAGCAUUAUUCUCAGCGAGCUCUCCGGACGAGGGUCGAAACGAAAUGGGAGCCCCGGGAGUCCGUUAACGAAGAUGAAUAUGUUUCGGAUUGUUCUGGACGAAGCCCAUACUAUACGAGAGCAGAGUGCAGCACAGACACAGGCUAUUUUCAAGCUGAACUCUCAGCGGAAGUGGUCUGUAACUGGUACACCUAUUCAAAAUCGCCUAGAGGACCUUUUCUCGGUGACCAGGUUUCUUGGUUUGAAUCCCUACGAUGACAGAGGGCAGUUCGGGAUGCAUAUUCUGAGUCGAUUCAAGACUGGAGAUGCCACGGUUCUAGCAAGCUUGCGAGUGCUUGUAGAUUCGUUUACACUGCGCCGUGUCAAGGACAAGAUUGACAUCCCCACCCGGUACGACAAGAUCAUAACGCUCAAUUUCUCUGAGAAAGAGAGGCAGCUGCAUGAAUUCUUCCGACGAGAGUCGAACGUGAUGAUGAAGGUAAUUGCCGGCGAGGAUAAGACAGCACUGAAAGGUCGGAUGUAUCAUCAUAUCCUAAAGGCAAUGGUAAUUUUACGCCAAGUCAGUGCCCAUGGUAAGGAGCUUCUCGACAGUAAUGAUCGCGCAAGGAUUAAGGGAUUGAGCGUCCACGACGCCAUCGACCUUGAAGAAGGCGGGAAUGAUACAACAGAGCUGGUAGAUAAGAAAGCGUAUGAGAUGUUUACCUUAAUGCAAGAGUCGUCAGCAGAUCUGUGUGCCGUAUGUGGCAAACGUCUUGAGGAUCCAAAUACUGAUUCUGGUACCACGGACCGCCAAGCACCAAUGGCGAUCAUACUUCCUUGCUUUGAUGUACUUUGCCCCGAGUGUUUCUCUGGUUGUAAACAAGCGUUUGACAGCCAAACGGGGCCAUCAGUUCAUGACAUCAAAUGCCAGGUAUGUGAUGGAUGGAUCCCUGUUUCAUAUUCCACCAUCACCCCUGGAGGGCUACAGGACUAUAUGAUGGGCCAGGCCCAGGCCAAGCAGAGCAAAAAGCAGGCAAAGACCCUAGGAGAGUACGAAGGUCCGCACACGAAAACCAAGGCGCUAAUGGCGUAUCUAUUGGAUACGGCGGAUGAGAGCAAGGGUUUAACGGACGAACGUCCUGUCAAAAGUGUGGUGUUUUCUGCGUGGACGUCGCAUCUGGACUUGAUCGAGAUUGCGCUAAAAGACAACGGCAUCACGGGCUUUACCCGUUUGGACGGGACGAUGACCCUAUCAGCUCGCCAAAAAGCCCUCCAGGAGUUUCACGAUAAUAACGACAUUACUAUCCUCCUCGCGACUAUCGGUGCCGGUGGCGUCGGUCUAAACUUGACUGCUGCAUCUCGAGUCUAUAUCAUGGAACCGCAAUACAACCCCGCAGCCGUGGCACAAGCAGUUGAUCGAGUGCAUAGAAUCGGGCAGACGCGCGAAGUGACUACAGUACAAUUCCUGAUGAAGGAUAGUAUCGAAGAGAAGAUCUUCGAGCUGGCCAAGAAGAAGCAGCAAUUGGCCGAUAUGAGCAUGAACCAGAGGAAGCUCGAUAAGAGAGAGGUGCAAGAACAACGGAUGCGUGAAUAUCGAAGUUUAUUCAAGUGAUACUAAUACCCUGUUUUCCACGAUUCCCCUAUUUAUUUCCGGUAUUUCAUUUGUUUCCCUUUUCGCUUUUUCUACCUGCGUCCACCUUGAUGCGCACACCAUAGAGACGGAUACUGCAAUCGAUACAAACAUGGAUAAUACCUGAUACCCAAUGGUUUACACUCGGCGUUAAUAUAUCCCCCGUGGUUUUACAUUUGCUUUUUCUGGCGCUUGCUACGAACACAGAAGAUUUAUACAGCAUAGUGAUACACGGAUAAAUGCGAUACCAAGAAUUUGCUCUUUCCAUAAA